CAAACACUCCUGAAAAAGAAAGAGUUGAGAGCCUCCGUGAGUCUUUCCUGGGUAAAUAAGUGCAACAACAAAAAUUGGUAAAGUAACGAAAUUAAUGAGUGACUCAAGCGCCAUGGUUCCGAGGACCACGCAGCCUGGGGUCACGGCCCCGUGUGACCCCGCCGCCGCCACCACCGCCGCCGCGUUCAGCUGCCGAGUCCAUCAGCUCCACCCUCCACCACCUCCACCCCCUCCUCCUCCCUCUCCCUUCUCUCCUCUCCUCUUCGUCGUCUCUGCUGCGUGGAUGAGCGCGUUUCGCCGCCUCUUCGCAGACCCGUGCCGACGACGACUCGGACAGAGACGAGGAGGACAACAACAACAACAACAGCCGCAGCAGCCGCAUCCAACCUGGGCCAUGGCGACUCGUGCGUGCGCCACGGGCCCCCCAGGGAGUGGCACCUUAGAGACGCUUCGCUUCGACAACUCGGCGCUGCGCCGACUCCCGCUCGACCCCAGCGACGACCCGGCGCCUCGGCAGGUGCCCGGGGCCGUGUUCUCGCGGGUGAGGCCUAGCCCCGUGGAGAGGCCUCGCGUGGUCGCGGUCUCCGUGCCCGCGAUGCGGCUCCUGGGCCUGCGCGACCCCGAGGCCGAAGCGGCGCGGCCCGAGGCGGCCGAGUUCCUGUCGGGGAACCGCGUCCUUCCCGGGGCGCAACCGGCCGCCCACUGCUACUGCGGCCACCAGUUCGGCAGCUUCGCCGGGCAGCUGGGCGACGGUGCGGCCAUGUACCUCGGCGAGGUGCAGGCGGGGCCCGGGCAGCGCUGGGAGUUGCAGCUCAAGGGCGCUGGGCCAACGCCGUAUUCGAGGCACGCGGACGGCCGCAAGGUCCUGCGCUCGAGCCUGCGCGAGUUCCUGUGCAGCGAGGCCAUGCACCACUUGGGCGUGCCGACCACGCGCGCCGGCUCGUGCGUCACGUCGCACACUACUGUGCUCAGGGACGUCCACUACGAUGGCAACGCCCGGCCCGAGCAGUGCAGCGUGGUGCUGCGAAUCGCGCCCUCCUUCCUCAGGUUUGGUUCGUUUGAGAUCUUCAAACCGACGGACAAAGACACUGGGCGCACCGGCCCCAGCGCCGGCCGCGAGGACAUCAAGGUCACCAUGCUCGACUACGUCAUCGACACGUUUUACCCGGAGCUGCUCGAAGGCCAUGGUGACGGCGCGAGCCACAAGUACGCGGCUUUCUUUAGAGAGGUGGUGCAGCGCACGGCGCAGCUGGUGGCCGAGUGGCAGUGCGUGGGCUUCUGCCACGGUGUGCUCAACACGGACAACAUGAGCAUCCUGGGCCUCACCAUCGACUAUGGCCCCUUCGGCUUUAUGGACCGGUUCGACCCUCACUACGUGUGCAACGGCUCGGACGAAGGCGGCCGCUACGCCUAUGAUCAGCAGCCGGACAUGUGCCGCUGGAACCUGGAGAAGCUGGCGGAGGCGCUGGCCCCGACGCUGCCCGCCGAGCUGAGCCGCCCGGCGCUGGACGAGUACGGCGCCCUCUACGAGGCGGCCUACUUGCGCAAGAUGCGGCGCAAGCUCGGCCUGGGCCUCCUCGAGCAGCCCGACGACGCGGGCCUCGUGACCUCGCUGCUCGAGACCAUGCAGAGCACUGGCGCCGACUUCACCAACUCCUUCCGCCUGCUGAGUCGCCUGACGCUCGAGGCCGGCUCCGUGGAGGAGCUGGCGACGUUGCUGUGCCAGCAGUGCGCCACCGUGGAGGAGAUGAAGAGAGCCUCCAAGCCGAGGAUCGACUCCAGACAGCUGUCCCUGCUGCUGGCGCUAGCGCAGGCCAACCCGCAGGUGCUGCGCAUGUUUGGCGGCCGCUCAGGGCUGGAGCGCGAGCUGCGCUGCGUCGAGGCCUCGGAGCGCUGGCGCCUCGCCACGCCGGCGGAGAAGGAGGCGGAGGACGCUCGCGCCUGGACGCACUGGCUCAACGCCUACAGCUGCCGCCUGCUGCAGGAGCGAGAGGUGUCAGGGCUGGAGGCGGCGUCGUGGCGGAGGGAGACUGCCGCCACUAUGGACUCCGCCAACCCCAGGGUCGUCCUGCGCAACUACAUCGCCCAGCGGGCCAUCGCGGCCGCCGAGGAGGGCGACUUCACAGAGGUGCGGAGUGUGCUGCGGGUUCUGGAGACGCCGUACGCAGACGCUACCGACGAAGAGAGCAAAGCCCCCCGCGACACAGAGCAGGCUCUCUCCGCUGCUCCACCCGCCUCCUACACCUCCAAACCACCCCCCUGGGCGCUCGACCUCUGUGUCACAUGAUCCUCGUAAUUGCCUGGCUCGCCGGCGACCUCCUGCCCCCCCCGUGGAUGCCCCAGGGGGGCUCGGCGGAGGCUAUGGCGAGCCUAGGCCCUGGUAGUAGAUGCUGUGAGGAGCGCCCGACGGGGGACUGUCUGUCCGCUCGUGCGGAUUCUCUCGUCUCCAUGACGACCGAUGCAAUAACCCACAUAUCUUGGGCCGCUUCAGUCUGAUUCUUAGCGUUCCUCACGGCGACGAUCCCCUAAUAUAGAUGUAAACUGGCUGCUGCUGCUUGGUGCUGUUGCCAUGCCGGGUUCCGGAGUGGUGGUUGUAAAUGGGUUGUCUGGACUGGGAAUAAGGAAUUCACUGUUCAUACGAGUUAAAUGAUCUGCACGUUGUAUAUCUAGUUGAACUAAAAAAUCGCUCAAACAAUAACUUGUGUGGGUGUACAUGGCAGUCGUCAUUCAUGCAAAUUGCAUCUCAUAGCUGCACCGUUGUCACAUCGGGUUGCAGAGAACCACAGACAAGUGGCAAGGCAGCUCAAAACCCAUGCCAGCAAAUUUCCCAAGCUUGGCGAUCCUACGUUUGGAUGUUGGGCCCAACUCCAAUAAGUUGUUUGCUCAGCGGCAAAGCAAAGUGGCUUCACAAUCGCAGGUUACGUUAACUGCAAAUUAGUUUUCUGUAGCAAUGCGCUCACUCACUCAUUUACUCACUCAGUCCAACUCGCACCCACCCACUUACUCG